AUGACGGACACCGCUCACGAGUCGCUGCUCAUGCGCGACCCUCCUCCGCGACCGCAUCCGGGCGAUUGGGAGGCCCGUGCGUCUGCGCUGCUCCGCGAGCACUGGGGCCACAGUGUGCUCCGCGCGUCGCAGCGCCUCGCCAUCCGCUGCGCGCUCGAGGCGCGCGACUGCCUCGUGGUGGCGCCGACCGGCGGCGGCAAGAGCGUUUGCUUCCAGCUUCUCCCGUUGCUGACUGGCCGCCCCGUAGUCAUCGUGACGCCGCUCGUCGCACUCAUGCAUGACCAGGUCGCUGCGGCGAGCGCGCGAGGGAUGCGGGCCGUCUACCUCGGCUCCUCGCAGACCGACGCCUCGUCCGAGGCGAGGGCCUCCCGCGGCGAGUUCGACUUGGUCUAUGUGACGCCCGAGAAGCUCGCGACGCCGGCCGGCCGCGACCUCGUCGCGGCUCUCCACUCCGCGCGCCCCAUCUGCGCGAUCGCCAUCGACGAGGCGCACUGCGUCCUCUCGUGGGGGCUCGACUUUCGGCCCGCCUUCCUGCGCUUGGGCGAGGCGAGGCCGGCGGGCGUGCCUCUGAUGGCGCUCACGGCGACGGCGCCGCCGCCCACGCGGCGCGAGCUGGCGGCGAGCCUGCAGAUGGGGACCGACACGUCGGUCGUGGUUGCGCCGCUCGACCGCCCGAACCUGCACUACAGCGUGGCCCAGAAGGGCGACAGCGGGGCCGCCUCGCUGCUGCCGCUGCUCCGGCGGCACGAGGGCGCCGCGCUCGUCUACGUCCCGACCACCGCCGAGGCGGACGAGCUCGCCGCCGCGCUGAGCGAGGCGGGCGUGCAGGCCGCGCCCUACCACGCGCGCGCUGCCGGCCGGCACGAGUCGCUGCGUUCGUGGUCGCGCGACGGCGCGAGGGUUCUCGUGGCGACGGUGGCCCUCGGCCUCGGCGUCGACAAGCCGGACGUCCGCUUGGUCGUGCACUGGGGCCCUCCCGCGUCGCCCGAGCUGUACGCGCAGCAGGCGGGCCGCGCCGGCAGAGACGGCCUCCCCGCGGCGUGCGUCCUCCUCCACGCCCCUUCGGACUGGUCGCGCCUGCGCGGGCUCUCCGCCGCGGAGGGCGAGCCGCGCCACGCCGAGGCCGCCGCAGCCAUGCGCUCGCUUGCCCACUGCUCCGGGUGCCGGCGAGCCGCGCUGCUGAGGUACCUCGGGGACACGCUCCCUCCGCGGGCGGCCGCUCCCGAGGCGCCCUCCUCCCCCUCUGCUCGCCCCGAGCCAGCCCCCUGCUGCGACAACUGCUCCCGCGGCCAGGGCUGCCUCGAGCGGUGCCACGACGUGGCGAGCGAGGCGCGCGCGCUCCUGCUGGCGGCCGAGGCGUGCGGGGGCCGCUUCGGCCUCCCCACCGUGCUCGAGGCGGGCGGCCGCUUGCUGCUCUGCUCCGCCUUUGGCGCCGGCGUGCGUUGCGGCAGGUCCGCCGUGUGGUGGCGAGUGCUGGCCGAGGCGAUGGAGCUCGUCGCUCUGCCGGCGGCUCCCGGCGCCCACCCAUUCGCGCCCCGCUCCUACCACGCGCUUCGCGUCGCGAGCGCUGGGCGGGCGCUGCUCGCGAAAGGCGCGCGGCCGCUUCUCCGCUCGCUGAGGGGGUCCGUGGCCGCCGCCCCGUCGGACGCUGACGGCGGCGAGGAGAGCGAGGAGCCGCUCGGCGCGCUGGUGAGCGAGAGGUGUCUCGUCGCGCUGGCAAAGGCGCGGCCGUCCGACAUGGAGGGCCUCGCCGUCGUCGCCGGCGCCGAGGCGCCGAGGCUGCGCGGGGUCGACGGCUCUGGCGCGGCUGUGCUCGCCCUGCUCGCCUCGGGCAGCAGUCGGCUGCAGCUCAAGCUGGACAGCUUCUCCGAGGAACAGCACGCGGUGCGCUUGGCGAGGAGGCUCCGUGAGGCGCGCGCUCGGCGGGCGCUGCGCGACGACGUUCCGCCAUAUGCCGUCGUCGGCGACGCGCAGCUCGGCCUCAUCGCGCGGCUCCGACCCGCCAACGAGCAGGAGCUGUUGGCGCUUGCCGGCAUGCCGCGCACGACGGGCGGGAAGUGCUGCCGCGUCGAGGAACAAGCGGCGUCUGCCACCCUCGUUUGGGGGGAGGGGCAGGCGUUGAGCGAGAGAAUACUGUAUAUGGAGCAAGACGUAGACAUCGCGCACUCGCAGCCCACCGCGCCACCGCGCCGUUGGGCGCCGCCCUCGGUCUCCGAGGGAGCUCAGCUACACCGUCUGGUCAUGCGCAACGUGAUUACGCGGCGCGCGGCUAUACUCGCCGAGAGCGCGGAUAUAUUUGCUAUUUGGGAGCUAUUGCGAUUGCAUCGCUAUUUCGGGCGUAUCGGCGCGCCGACGGUCGCCGAAGUGUUGUAG